AUGUAUUUCAGGAUAUUUCUCAUCCUUAUUGCUUUCGGUCUUCUUGCUGGUUGUUGUUGCUUUUUUAUUUAUGCAUUAUUCCGACAAAAUACCCGAAAAAAAUCAGUAGAUUCAGCUAAAAAUAUUUUCUAUGUGGCGAAACCAUCCCCAAUUCGUAAGCAGAGUCAUGAAAGUUUUUCUGCUGUAAGAUAUUUGCCAGAAUUGGAUUCACCACCGAAACGGAGCCCCUUUGAAUUGAUUACUGCCCCUCGAUUACCUAAAGAAUUGGAUGCUAGCUCUUCUUAUCGAAAUAAAAUCAGAGUGUGCAAUGGACAAUAA